UAGACUUCUACAAAUAGUUCAAAAUCAAAAUUAGCCAAAUGAAUCCAGUCAUUCUCGAGGUGUUAUAAAAAAGGUAUAAAAAAAUAAAAUAAUAUUUUGUUGAAACAUAAACAUCAAACGGGUUGAAACCAUUCCGAUCCCACUCAAUAAUAUAAAAUUCUGAAUAUAUGUACUUAUAUCUAGUUUUAUCAUCCUCUAUAGGGUUAAACCACCCCAAAGCCAGUCAAGAAUUGCAAAUUUGGAACCUAUAUUUAGUUUUAGUAAAAAAUUUGUGCCGCGCAACAUUCUUUGAAAACACUGAACAAAUCGUUCCCUAUAGGGUUAAAACCAUCCUGAACCCAAUCAAUACUAUUAAAUUCGGGAUCCAUACUUACAUAGUUUCACCGUAAAACAUGUGUCGCGCUAUAUUUUUUGGAUAAAUUGAACAAAUCUCAACUCCUACAGGGUUGAAACCAGACCCAAGCCCGUCAAUAAUUGAAAAAUUGGAAUCUAUUUAGUUUUACCAAAAAAGGCUAACACAUCAGUAUAAAAUUCUAAAUAUGAAUCUGGCGCUUAGACUGGAAUAUGCGGGCGUCUGAUCGGCCUAUGAGGGAGCAGUACGGCAAGGGAUAAGGGCUUGCGGCUCGGUGAUACUCCCCAUAGAUCUCUACCGGAAGGGUGUGAGCGGCCGUGGAAUAACGGCAUAAUCGCUGGCCUCAUACGCCAGUAUACGUGGGUUCGAGCCCUGCCAAAGACAAACCAUUUUCAUUUCCAAUAAUGACACGAGCCGUCUCACCGUACCUCGGAGAGUACGUUAAACCGUCGGUGUCCCUGGGCUAGUAUACAUCGACACUAGUUACUUGAAACAGGGUUAAAGAUUUAAUUGGCGCUGGAACUAUCCGAAAGGAUCUCCCCGGCAAAAAUGCUAUACGAUAUUAUUAUUAUUACCGGAAGUUCGUUGACGCCUAAAAUACCGGUGUAUAUAUACUUAUAUAUAUUUAGUUUUACUAUAAAAAAAGUGUCACACUAUAUUUGUUAAAAAACUGAACAAAUCAAUCACAAACUUUUGAAACCACCCCAAAUCCAACCAAUAAUAUAAAAUUCGGAUCUCGACUUAGUUUUACCGUAAAACAUGUGCCGUACUAUAUUCUUUGAAAAAAAAAUUGAAUAAAUCACCCCUAUAAUAUUGAAAUCACCCCGAAGUCAGUCAAUCAUAGAAAAUUUGGAAUAUAAAUUUAGUACCAUAAAAAUAUGUGUUGCAACUUUAUUUUAUCCACAAAUAGGAUUUUAAUUUUAACCAUACCGAGCUAUAAGAAGUGUUCUCAAGAAGACUGGAAAAAUUUAUGCUGUUGCGCUUUUUUUGUAUAAAUACAAAAAUUGUAGCUUCCUAAAGAAAUAUUAAAAAUAUAAUUUCAUAAAAUUAUUAGUAAUAUCAAAGAAUACUCCAUCCAACUGGCUGGAGUAUUCUUUGGCAAUAUCUUGUUUUUUUUUUCAAUGAACAGUGAUAUUCGUGACGUCAAAUCAAUGUUGGCUACACUGGAAAGGUUUCCAAACACAACAAACAUCUGUCAAAAAUUCACACUUGGUGUUUGCCAAUUUUUAUUUUCGUUUUUAUAAUUGGAAUAUAUUGCUUGUAGGUUAUUUAAUUUUUACAAAAUGGUAAUGUGUUGGGUACCCGAUUGUAAUCAAUGCUCAUAGAGGAGAACUUGCAAGUUUUUAAGUUUCUUACGUAGUAUAUAAUAGGUCUGGAUCCCGCGUAUGAAAAAAAGUUGAUUAAUAGCAAGCUGAAAAUGUGUUAAUAGCUUAAGGGUGUCUAGUCGGAUAAACGUUGAUAUAUGGGAACACUGGAACAGGGGCAGUUUUAAUUGUGGAACGGGUUAAAAAUUUGGAACGGUCAGACCACGAAAACGGCAUAUUUAUUUUGUCCGACAGAAUAGACUUAAACUCUCCGAACAGAGAUUAAACUCUCAUGCAAAAAUCAAACUGCUAUUUAUCACCUGUCAUAAUUCCUGUCAUUUGACAUAUUCUACAUGUUCCACUCAUUAAAACGCCCAUUUGGUGAUAAAUAGCAGUCUGAUUUUUGCAUGAGAGUUUAAUCUCAGUUCGGAGAGUUUAAGUCUGUUCUGUCGGACAAAAUACAUGUGUCGUUUUUGUUCCAAAUUUUUAACCUGUUCCACAAUUAAAACUUCCCCUGUUCCAGUGUUCCCAUAUAUCAAAGUUUGUCCGACUACACACCCUUAAACUAUUAACAAAUUUUUAGCUUGCUAUUAAUCAACUUUUUUUUUUAUAUGCGGGAUCCAGACCUAUAAGUACUAUGUAGUGUGUAAAUCCUUAAUUUUGUGUAGGGACAUUUAUAAAAUUAAAAGCAAUAUGAUUUAUAUGACUAACAAAGAUUGUGUAUUUAUAAAAAAUGCGCAGAUAAUUUUUAAAAUAAAAUAAAAUUAAAAAUGAUUACACAAACCACGUGCAUAAUCAAUUGAUAGACUUCAAACGUUUGUUUUGUUUGGAAACCUUUUUGACGUCACAUUAUCUUUGAUUUAAAAACAUUUACAGUUUAUCUUCAUUUAUCUUUUUUAUUUAUCAGUUGAUUUUCUUUUUUAUAACAAUUUUAAUUAACUUUGACUUAAAACCAUUUAUCCUCUUUUGAGAUUUUUGUAUCCAUUAUUUACACUGGUAUUUUACUACAUAUUUUACUUUUCAAAACUUUACUUUUUUCAGAACAAUUUUUUCAAUGCAAUGUAAUGUGAGAGCCUGAAAAAAUUGAGGACAUGGCAACGGUGUCAUCGUGUCAUAUGUCAAGCUUACAUCUAAUGUCAAAAGUCAAAAUAAAUAAUGUUAGUUAGGUUAUGUUAUGUUAUGCUAAAUAUCCAAAAUUAUUUUUAGCGCUAUUUUAGUGAUUUAGCAUUAUACUGUGACUAAACUAAUCAUUUACCGUAUUAUUACUGUAUUAGAGUAGUGCUAUAAUAAAAUUAUUGUCAUGGCUACCUUUAUUGUUGAUAGCAAACUAAGUUGUGACCAAAUGCGGGAAGAAUUUUGGAACAUGCAAAUGCUUGCGGUUCCGUUUAAGAAUGUCUAUGAUGGUUUAGUGUGGUGCGCAUCGAGAAAUUUGAUUAAUAAUAGUGUAUUGUGUGACAUGUGCAAUAGAGCUAAGACAUUUAUCAGACGUACUGGCGUGGUAGACCAAUAUUGUUGGAAAUGUAAAGAGUGCUCGGCAACCACAUCUGUACGUGAUGGAUCGUUCUUUGCGAGAAGCAGUCUGAGCAUUUACCAAAUCAUAAUAUUGAUGUAUGGAUUUGCAAAUGACUUCCCACAGAAACUGAUCCGCAGGGAAGUGUCACUGGGUAACUGUACUAAAACUGCUACCAGAUGGUGUCUUAACUGCCGUCAAGUUUGCACCAGAUAUUUCGAGCAGCAUCCUGUGGAACUAGGAGGGUUUGAUGAGCAGGGAGAACCACUCGUGGUGGAACUUGACGAGUCCUCCUUCUUGCCCAGGAAGAACCUUAGAGGUGCUGACAAGAAAGAGGAAUGGGUUUUUGGGGGACUAGAAAGGAAAACUGGCAAACUGUUCCUUACACCAGUGCAAGAAAGGAAAGAGGAGACACUAUUACCCCUAAUAUCAGGAACGAUUCUACCAGGAACAGUAAUUGUUACCAAUGGAUUGGAAGCAUACAGAAACAUCGGUCGUUUUGGUGGAGGAGUGUAUGAGCACCAAAUUAUUCUUAAACAGAAUAACUUCAGAAAUUCAGAUGACAAUACUGUUCAUACAAAAAACAUGGAGAAACUUUGGUUGCGUGCGAAGAAGAGGCUUAGUACGCAGUGGUUAAAUAGCACAGAUUUAUUUCCGUCAUACCUCCAGGAGUUUAUGUGGAGAGAACAGGUGAAACAUAAAGACCCAUUUGUAGAAUUUUUAAUAUGUGUGUCGGAACAAUAUUUAGUUUCUUAAAUUUAAGUUUAGUUUAAAGGGCCCCAUUCAAGUUGAGAUAGGUAUUGAUACAUGUCGCAAGUAUCAGUAGGUAUCUAGAUACAAAUCUCAUAGUGUAUUUGGCUGUCUCAGUAUAGCUGCAUCAGUAUUAGAAGGUAUCACUCUUUGUAUCACUGUUGUGAAAAUUUGAUACCGCUCACAUCAAUGCAACUGUGACUUGUCUCAAUGUGUAUGUUAAUUAUUUUGUAUCAUGCUACUUAACAGUAUACACAAUUUUGAUUUUUAAUAUGGCAAAUAGUGAGUUUUGGGAGGAAUUUCUCAAUUUAUACAAAUUGUAUUCAUGUUUAUGGAACUCAAAAUGCAAAGAAUAUUUAAAUAGACAACUUAGGGAGUCAGCAAUAACCAUUUUGGUAAGCAAAUGCAAAGAAAAAUAUUCAAAUAAUGUAACUGCUACUGCAAUAAGCACGGGUGGUGGUGGUGGUUUGAAUGCCCUUUCUGUAAUUGUGACUUUGGCAGAUGAUGCUCUAGUCCCUGAGGAUAGUUACCAUCCACCCCUGAAUGUAACAUUAAGAAUAUCAGGUAGUCACACUAAUCUACUUAAUGCAACCAAGGAUGAAUUUUAUUUUGACUUCAAUUCAGCAAACUUUAAUUUGUUAAAUAGCUAUUUUGGAGAGGAUAAUUGGAACAUGCUAUUAUUAAAACAUUAUAUCAAUGAUAUGCUUAAUAUUUUUUACGAUGUUCUUUACUCAGUUACAGACAUUGUAAGCUUAGUAGGUACCACAAAAGAAAGUGUCUCAAGGGUAUUUUCCAAGAUGGUUCUCUCAAGAAUUAAAAAAUGUUUUUAAAAAAGCAAGCACACAAAACAUUUAAAGAAUCUGGGAGUAAGUAUGAAGUAUGAUUAUAUUACUUUUUCAAGAUUAAGAUCACAAUGUAAAGUCCUACCUAAAACUUGUUACAAUGAAUUUGUCCAGCUCGGAAAAUGCUAUUGUCAAUGAGAGUAAUGUGAAAAAAUUCUGGUCCUGUGUCAACUCACAAUGAAAAUCUAAUGAUUUACCAUCUGAAAUAUUUUACAAUGAGGUGAGUUGCCAACUGGGGCCUGAUCUUCCAAAUUUAUUUGCAGUUUACUUUAAAACUGUUUACUCAACAAAAGAUUGUCAGGUGGUUGAAUCUUUAUCCUUUAAUGAUAUCAGUAUAAAUAAUCUUCAUAUCAGUGUAUAUCCCAUUCCACGAAUAUACGACUCUCUUGGAUUAUCGCGAUCUCUAAUAUUUUAUUGUGCAAAAUAUGAAGAACGAAAGUAAAUUGCAAAUUAUAUUGUUGUUUAUUGGAGUAAUUAUUAUAGCAAAAUACUUUCGUACUUCUUAUGUUGUACACUAAAAUAUUCGUUGUCGCGAUAAUCCAAAACAGUCGUAUAUUCGUGGAAUAUACCAUAUUAUCAACAAUUUAUGAAAAGAUUUGUAAUCUAAAACUAACAAGAGUGCCGAGCAGAUUGACUACCGCCAUUAUUCUAAAGGAAUGUAGUUUCAUACUUUCUCAUCCUCUCUAUAUAAUAUUCAACUCUUCUUUAAAGUCUGGUUAUUUUCCUGAGUUUUGGAAGACUAGCUUCUCGAGCCCCAUAUACAAAUCAGGGAAUAGAGCUGGUGUGUGCAAUUAUAGGCCAGUUUGCAAUUUACAUGCAAUUCCAAAACUAUUUUAAAAAAUAGUAACAAAAUAUCUCACAUCAGUGUUAGGCCCGCCGCAAAUUGAACCUAAGCCAGACACAACCUGCGCCGGCGAACUGCGUAGACAGUUCUGCGCAUCCUACUAUCAGUUAAUAUUCGUUCGCAGGUCAAGCUUGGGAUUCCCAAGUUGGGAACGUUUGUCAUCUGCGUACAGUUUUCUUGGGUCAUGGGACGCGUGACUCACUGCCAGCUGUUUAUUUUUAUUUGUUUUUGUUUGCGAGAUGGACAUAUCUGAAAUGAAUACGGAUGGUAUUACCUAUAAGUACAAUUUAUUGUGAUAAAUAAAAAUAUUAGCAUAGUCAAAACCCCGAGUUAAAACUGCUUUGUCUUCAUCAUUAAAUUCUGAUAACUUUUGGUAGACUAAAAAAUAAGCUUAUACUAAAUAAUGUUGGUAGACGAAAUUAAUAAUCAAAGUUAUGCCUUUACAAAAACACAUUACUUAUUAGAAAAUAUUCAUGUUACUUAAAACCGUGAUCGAUAAAAAUAUCGUAUUACCCUCAAAUUCAACUUGUCGGCAUAUUACAUUUUUGUUUAUUGCAGAUAGUGUUAUUUUUUUAUGACCGCAGUAGCGGAGGGAUUAUGAAUUAUGACCUGCAGUAUGAUGAUGAUGGUGAUGUUUGGCAUGGAAACUAGUCCAUUUGCCACAUAUUUUUGCAUAUUAAUAUAAUCGUUAUUAAUUAUGGUAUAUUACGAACUGAAACUUGACUGUUACAAAUCUAAAUUAUAUAUCCGGAAGCGUAUAAAUGAUUGCAUACGAGUUCAAAUAUUGAUUUCUGAUUGAGUGACAGCAGAUGGGUUAUGUUUGCUGGAAGUUGCACCUUACUUUUUACAAGGUUUUCAGAAAAUAUAUCUGAAAGCGUUUUAUUCUUAAAACAUCCAAAGAGGAUGUGAUUAAUAUCACACUGGGAAAUAUUAUCGCAUGAGCACUUUCCUGAUUCGAUAAUGUUGAAUCUAGCCAGGUGAGCUGGAACAGCACCGUGACUAGUUUUUAGUCUAACGAUAGUUGCAGCUGAUCGUUUAGUUAUGUUAUAUUGAAAUAUAUGUGAUAAUUCUGUUAAGGAUGGUAACACAGGAUGAAUCUUAUAAUAAUGAUUAUUUGAAGUAUUCGCCAAUACUUUCCAUCUGUCUUUCCAGUUAUUGACCUGCAGUAAUUGUAAAUGAUUGCGAUCCUGCAGUAAUUGUAAAUGAUUGUGAUCCGAGCAGUAAAUUGAGGAAUAUGAGUUAUGACCGAGCAGUAGGGGAGAGAUUAUUUUAAAUAUGUAGGUAUUAUGUGCAAAAAUAAUAUACUCAGUGUAAGAUAUCUUUUUAUGCACCCGCUUAUGAUCAAAUAUUCGAUGUUUUCGAAAGUCAUACCGCUACGUCUACUAGGGACGUGUAAGAUAUGUUUAAAAUGUUACUAGUUACAAGUAGGAAAUACCGAUUUUAAAUUGCCUACUCAAUUCAGUACAAGGAUCAGAUACAUCAGUAUUUUGUAAUCAGUAUUUGUACUCAGUACCACUGAGAACCGGUAUCAAAAGUAACCGUUACAUGUCCGCACUGAUUUUGCCCGUCUCUAUUCGUUACAGCGACAGCCAACGGUUGGGUUGGGUUGUGAUCAAUAUGCGGUGCGCUAGAAAAAUAACUGCACGGGUCACCCGUCCCUCCGGCGCAGGUUGUGUCUCGCUUAGGUUCAAUUUGCGCCGGGCCUUAACAUCAACAAUAAUACCCCAGCAGUAUGGAUUUCUAAAUGGAAGGUCUACUGAGCUUAAUUUACUGGUAUACAGUGAGUUUCUGUCAAAGGUCUUGGAUGAUGGUGGUGAGGUACACAGUAUAAUUUAUACUGUGAGGCAUUUGACAGGGUAAAUCAUACAAUUUUAUUGUAUAAGCUGAGGAUAGCAGGUUUGGGUGGUGGUUUGUUGAGUUGGAUCGGCAGCUAUUUGUCUGAUAGAUCUCAAAUGGUAAAGGUAAAAGGCUUUAAAUCUAAGGAGAUAAAAGUAUCUUCUGGUGUGCCUCCAGGGGUCUCAUUGGGGACCCUUGUUAUUUAACAUCUUUAUAAAUGACAUCCAUAGAGUUGCUUUUAAUAUUCCGAAUUUCUAUGUUUUGCUGAUGACCUGAAAUGCUUCAACGUUGUCUCUUCUACUACUGAUUGUAUCAACAUGCAGUCAGAUUUGUCCAGACUUGUGGACUAGUGUGAAAAAAAUUGCAUGGAUUUAAAUCUAAUAAGAGGCGUUUCGCCUUGGCUUUUUCCUAUGCAAUUUUUAACACCAUCUUGAUCAAUAUGUCAGCUACUAAGGAUCUUGGAGUAUUAUUUGACAAUGCUCUAUCCUUCAAAUUUCAUAUCUCAGAGACUGUUUCUAGUGCCCUUAAAAUGGUUGGCUUUGUCAAGAGAUGUACAAGAGAUUUCACAAAUCUCUCAGCAAUCCGCCUAUUGUAUUGUUCAUU